AUUGUUCAUAUGCGAAUGAAAAUUUUUCAUAUUGAUCAAAACAAGUGCAAAAUUUAUUACAAUAUAAAUAAUUUCAGUUUCUAGGUGUAGCAAAAAUAAUUGAUAUUUAACAUGGGUAAUUAUUGUCUACCUUGUUGCAAAAUGUCACCUUCAUGUGAAAAUUUAACACCAGAUUUGGAAACUAGGAGAAAGCAACAAAUGGAAGCUGCAGAAAAAAGAAUUGCUGAACAACAAAGUCGUGGUAUUAAAAAUAUAGAAGCUGUUAAAAUGCAAGAAAGAUUAGAUCAAUUACGUGAUAAACGUCAAGAAGCUGGUAAUAGAGAAGCACAAUCUACUUUGAAGUGGCAAGUAAGUUAAUGGAAGACUCAGAUGGAAACUAAUUAUUUGUUGUACCUGUAAAUUUAAUUUAAAGAGCAUCCAUAUAUUACAUAAGUAAUAAUUAUUAAUGAUAUAAACAUAAAG